CACAAGUGCUAUAGUGGAUGGUGACUUCUCCACGCUGGGACCUUGGGAAAGGUCUUUACCCAACACCACAGACAACAAGCAUUGAAAGAGAAGAUUAGUUUCCACUGGACCCUCUUUUCCACACAUUCCCACGAUCCCACCAGGAGUGAGGCUUUGGGGCCCCUGCCAAGAGUCCUUGGCCAGGAAGACACUUGUGCUAUGACAGAGAUAAAGGCCAAGAAGGAGAAAGUUGAGGACUGCUGACAGGCUAGCCGUCUGUCCAGGAGCUGCUACCGCGCCCUCAGGCCCUCCUCUUGUGGAUUUCCAAGGCACCCCUCCCCGUGUUGAGGCAUGGUUGUGCAGGACAGCAUGGACGCUGGGGAUGCCAGGGUGGGCGUGCCGCUGGAGCCCUUCCUGCACCAGGUUGGGGGGCACCUGAGCCUGAUGAAGUAUGACGAGCACACGGUGUGCAAGCCCCUCAUCUCCCGGGAGCAGAGGUUCUACGAGUCCCUGCCGCUUGCCAUGAAGCGCUUCACGCCACAGUACAAAGGCACCAUCACUGUCCACCUCCGGAAAGACAGCCGAGGCCAUCUCAGCCUGGUCGCCAACCCACUGAAGGAGAAUCGGGGGCCCUUCAAGGUCUCCACGGAGUCAGCGGCCGUGGCAAUAUUGCAGACUCUCCAGCAGACCGGAGGAGGUGGCGGCACCCUCACCCUCGCCCAGUGGCAGCACACGCAGCUGGCACACUCGCUCAACGAGAGCCCGGCCACGAAGCUCCUGAGGUCUGAACUCCACCUCGAGGCCCAAGUGCCCUCCCUGAUAGAAGAUGCUAACGGGAACCAGGCCGAGAAGAGAAGCUUUAACCCGUGGGGCCUGCGCUGCCACCAGGCUCACCUGAGCCGCCUGUGCACUGAGUACCCAGAGAACAAGCGGCACCGGUUCUUGUUGCUGGAAAAUGUAGUGUCACAGUACAAGCAUCCCUGCGUCCUGGACCUGAAGAUGGGGACCCGGCAGCACGGGGACGACGUGUCGGAGGAGAAGAAGGCCCGUCACAUGAGGAAGUGUGCUCAGAGCACCUCAGCCUGCCUGGGCAUGCGCAUCUGCGGCAUGCAGGUUUAUCAAACUGAUAAGAAGCACUUUCUCUGCAAAGACAAGUACUAUGGAAGAAAACUGUCAGUGGAAGGUUUCAGACAAACCCUCCAUCAGUUCCUGCACAACGGAACCCGCCUCCGGACGGAGCUGCUGGAGCCCAUCCAGCGCCAGCUCCAGGCCCUCCUCUCGGUCAUUAGGAGCCAGAGUUCCUACCGGUUCUACUCCAGCUCUCUCCUCAUCAGCUAUGAUGGGCAGGAGCCACCAGAGACUCCGCAGACGACCCACGGCAGCAAUGCUGGAGGAGUCGUCAAAGUUGACAUCCGGAUGAUCGACUUUGCCCACACGACCUACAAAGGCUCCUGGAAUGAACACACCACCUACGAGGGACCAGAUCCGGGCUAUAUUUUUGGCCUGGAAAACCUCAUCCAGAUCCUGCAGGAUAUUUAAGAGGGAGAAUGAGACUUGUUGGGCCCAUCUAGAUUUUUCUGGAGUAUAGCUCUCAAAGGGGACCUAUUGGUAGCUAGGGAGGUCUCGAUACCCUUGAGAUGUCUUUGGAAUAAUUAUAGCUAUGUUCAAAAGCCAUCUCUACAUAUGGCAGGCUAUAUUAACAGCUGCUAAGAAACCAGAGGUAAUUCUAUGUACCCUGGCAUCUUGCACUAAUGCGAGUCAUCGUCGGUUGGACAGUCAGUAUGAAACGGCGCCCUGCUAAGUACAUGGGAGGGGUGCAGCAGGAGUUAGAGGCCAGCAUUACAGUGAGAUUCUGGAGUAUUUGCAUUUAAAGAUGCUUUUUGUUGUCAUGCUGCAGUCCUCAUGAGCUGUGAGGCCAAAAAAAAACCUUACUUGAAAAAGCCUGGAGAGUGUGUUUAUGGUUUUCCUGCUCGCUGGAGCUGCCUACUCCCAGGGCAGACAGAGCUGACAAUGUCUCUUACCUUCGUCAGAGACAUUGGAGGUGGGGCAGGAUGAAGUGGGAGAGACCUGCCCAUCACCCCAGCUCUGGACCUGGAUUCUGAAUGGGCAAGGUCAACCCCAGACACAGCACUGGCCAACCAAGACCUCAGCAUCUCCAUGUUUUCCCCUUGGAGAGGCAGGUCCUAUGGGAAGUGAUGAUUCUGCCAGAUUCUGACCACGAAACGGCUCUGACCCGGAAAUGCAGCUUCUGGUGGGGGUGGACCGCGUAUACAAAAGAGCCACUUAUGGGAAAUUAUACUCUCCGCUACUAUUUAUUUAAUUUGGGGGGGGGGUCAGAAGAGAGGAGCCUGGAGGACCGAGGAGACCAGGCGCAAUGUUUACAAGAUGAGUGGACAGGCAUAAAUACGGAACAGAGAACAAAUGGUUCCAAUUAAUUCCUUCUUCUGCACUGUGGAAACCUAUUACAAAGCCCUUGAGUCAAGCACUGAGAUACGUUACCCAA